CAGCAAAUAUGUAAUCUGAGUACAGAGAGAAAGAAAGACAAACGGAGUGGAAAGAAAGGAGAGAGUACAGGCAAGCGCAACGUUAAUUCAACAGAGCCCUUCAGUCUCCGAUGCCGUCCUGUAUGUGUGUGCACAUAGUACAUCUAUGUGUAAUGAGCCUUGGCAAAGUAAGACAAGGCAAGACAAGGUGAAGCAAUGACAAAUGGGGCAACGUUGUCGUUUGCGGAAGGGGAAAAAUAUGGGGGAAACCAGUGCGUUACGCGCUCAUCGCACACAUGAGUGUCAAUUAUCGGCAGUCCAGCUUCGGCAGUGUCCAGCGGCGUAGGUGGAUGAGCGGCGGCAGCGCUUGGAGCACGUUCAUAGCUUUGGUGCGCCAAGCAUGGAUCUGACGAAGCAGCAACAACAGCGAUCGUUGGCGAGCAUGUGUCGCGGCCCGUCGCCGUUUCCACGCAGACCAUGGAUGAGCGAGACUGGCGUCGCCGCCGCCGCUGCCUCCGGCAACCUGGGCCUCAAAGGGGUCAUAGCCGGUGGUAUUACUGGAGGCAUAGAAAUUUGUAUCACAUAUCCCACCGAAUACGUUAAAACGCAGUUGCAAUUGGACGGAAAAGCCGGUGCUGGUAAAGAAUAUACAGGAAUAGUUGACUGUGUUACCAAGACCAUCAAGACUCGCGGAUUCUUUGGUUUAUACAGAGGUUUGUCUGUUCUGCUUUAUGGUUCUAUACCAAAGUCGGCAGUGCGAUUUGGCGCUUUUGAGUCGGUGAAAAAGCAGUUAGUGGAUGCGGAUGGAAAGCUCAAUCCACAAAGAAGACUCUUCGCCGGCCUUUGCGCUGGUGUCUGCGAAGCUAUUUUCGCGGUUACUCCGAUGGAAACGGUUAAGGUGAAAUUCAUCAACGACCAACGUUCGGCGAAUCCGAGAUUUAGAGGAUUUUUUCAUGGAGUUGGCAUAAUUGUGAAGGAACACGGCUUCAAAGGAGUGUAUCAAGGAGUAGUGCCAACAAUCUUAAAGCAAGGAUCCAAUCAAGCCAUCCGUUUCUUCGUGAUGGAAACAUUAAAAGACUGGUACAAAGGAGGUGACAAUACUAAAAGUGUUCCUAAAGUAGUCGUCGGUGCAUUUGGUGCAAUUGCUGGCGCAGCAUCAGUUUUUGGAAACACGCCUAUUGAUGUUGUAAAAACCAGGAUGCAGGGAUUGGAAGCUUCAAAGUAUAAGAGCAGUCUGGAUUGCGUGAUUCAGGUGUGGAAGAAAGAGGGUCCAAUGGCAUUUUACAAAGGAACCAUUCCACGAUUGGGCAGAGUAUGUUUAGAUGUUGCCAUAACAUUUAUGAUUUAUGAUUCCUUCAUGGAACUUUUCAACAAAGUAUGGCCUUAGGUCUGUUACAUGUAUAUACACGAUACAUUCUCUCAGA